CCUAAUAGGAGAAUGCUGUUUGACACAUUUCUAAAUGGUCAAGAGGCAACACAUCUUAUUGACCAACUUGUGGCCACAUUAUCAUCUGAUGAUAGCGAGGCAAAAUGUGAGCAGGAAUGUCAUACACUUAUUGCAGACCAGAACUCACUUUUCCAGCAUCUCUGCCCAUUCAUGUGCCACUCAGCCCAACAGGCUUUGUCUGGACUUCAUCACACAGACCCAGCUGCUGGUGCCCCAGCAAAACGAAUGCUGUUUGAUACCUUCUUGAACACUGGCGAGACAGGCAAACUUAUUGAUCAGCUAGUGGCUACCCUUAGCUCAGAUGAAACCGAGGUUCAGUGUGAGAAAGAAUGUCACGUGCUGAUCAGAGACUCAACUUCCGUCUUUCAGCACAUGUGUCCAUUCCUGUGCCACUCUGCUCAGGCUAUCGUCGCUAACAUCCACCAUUCAGGGGCUUCAGCUCCAGUCAAGCGUGUUUUGCUCGGAAAUUUUCUGAAUACAGAAGAAACCUCCAAGAUCAUCGACCAGCUGGUUACAACUCUUGGAUCAGAUGACUCGGAAUUAGCCUGUGAAAAGGAAUGUCACGUGCUUAUUACUGACUCUACUUCCGUUUUCCAGCAUAUGUGCCCUUUCCUGUGUCACUCAGCUCAGGCCAUCGUCAACAACUUUCACCAUGCACCUGCCACUGCUGGCACUGUACAGAAGAGAUUUUUGGUCGACUCUUUCUUGGCUAACCCUGAGGUCAAUGUUUUGGUAACAAGUUUGGUGGCUGUUCUUGGAUCAGACCCAACAGAACAGGCCUGUGAGAAUGAAUGUGUCACCAUGAUUCAUGCUGACAAUGUAUUGCACCACCUUUGUCCAUUUGUCUGUCAUUCAUUUCAGCAACUUGUAUCAAAAGUUCACUUAACCCAGCCAGCUUCUAACCCAUCCAAAAGGUUCCUUAUCGAUUCUUUUCUUAACAACCCAGAAGUUAAUGUUUUGGUUACCAGCCUAGUUUCCACUCUUGGAUCGGAUCCAACAGAACAAGCCUGUGAACAACAAUGCGUAACAAUGGUGCAUGCCGAUAAUGUGCUACAUCAUUUGUGCCCAUUUGUGUGUCAUUCCUUUCAGCAAUUAGUACAGAAGGUCCACCUUUCCCCAGCAGCAUCCAGCCCAGUACAGAAACGAUUCCUUAUUGACUCUCUUCUAAACAACCCAGAAGUCAGUGUGAUUGUGAAUUCCCUUGUCUCUACCCUGGGAUCUGAUCCCACUGAAGCAGCCUGUGAAUCCCAGUGUACCAACAUUGUCCACGCAGAUAAUGUCAUGCACUUCCUAUGUCCCCUUGUCUGUCACUCGUUCCAGUCCUUGGUACAAAAGGUGCAUAUCAGUGCCCCAUCAAAUCCAGCACAAUAA